UACAUCUCUGGUUAGGUCAAGACUGGAAAACUGCAUCCAGGCCGCCAGUCCUUGUCUAAAAGGGGAUUCACACAUUCUAGAAAGUGUUCAAAGGAAGGCAACACGUAUGGUUCACGGCAUAGCUAACUUAUCAUACGAGGAAAGACUAGACAGUUUAAAUCUCUUCUCACUGUCAUACAGUAGGCAGAGAGGAGAUUUAAUCACAGUGUUUAAAAUUUUAAAUAAUGACUACGGACCUGACCUAUUCUCUUUUUUCCUUCUCACCAGGUCGGAACACCUUAGAGGACAUAGCAGGAAAGUUCAAAAGCCAAGGAGAAAUCAUAUUGCUGUUGAGUACUGGUUCUCACAUCGAGUUAUAAACUCUUGGAACCGACUCCCAGAAGAAGUGGUGUCUGCAACCUCAACUGAUUCGUUCAAGAAGGGUUUGGACAACCACAGAAAUCUACUAGAAAAGGAUUAACAUAGGCUGCAAGCCUUCUAUCCUCAACCAAUAAAUCUGAAUCUGUCACAAAUUUUAUGGUAGAUCAAUUCGAAGCAUGCGUUACACUUCUCAUGCUUUCACCUGCUAAGAUAUUGGGAUUUCGCAAAUUGUGUACAGCAGCAACUUCUGUCAUGGAAAAAAUGAGCAGACGUGAAAAACGUAAUGCCAAAAGGGCUGCAGCUAAAACUACAUUGGUAAAAAUGCGACAAGAAAGGAAACGUUCCAAAGUAGACUUUGACCACUAUGAAAAUUCAGAUAUUAGUGAUUACUACAUAGAUGGAGCUUUCAGAAAGGUCUUCCCCUAUCAUUUUACUUUCAAAGCAUAUGCCAAGCACAGGUGGAUUGGUUGUAAGCUACUUGAUGUUUUGCAAUCUGAGUUUAGGUUCACUUCGGAUGAAGUAAUAGAAAGGAGGUGCAAGCUUGGGGCGAUCUUGGUCAAUGAUGAGAAAGUAGAUCCUGACUAUAUAAUGAGUGACAGUGAUUUACUUUCUCAUAGAGUUCAUCGUCAUGAGUGUCCCGUAUUGAAUCUGCCCAUUGAAUUUCUGCACAACUCAGAAGAUAUGCUGGUGAUCAACAAACCCCCUUCAAUACCAAUUCAUCCAUGUGGUCAGUACACACUAAAUAGCAUUACACACAUUCUGGCCAAAGAACACGGUCUUCGUCCUCUUCGAUUUGUCCAUAGGCUUGACAGAAUGACUUCAGGAUUGCUUCUAAUCGCCAAAAAUUAUGACGCAUCUGUCCGCUUACAGACACAGAUCGGCAAUAAAGAAGUGACAAAGUAUUACAUUUGUCAUGUGGAAGGCUGUUUCCCUCACGAAACAAAACCAGAAAAUUGUGAUGCUGAUUUUGAAUUACACGAUGGUGUGGUGAUCUGUGAUAAACCUGUUGGACCUAUCAGUCGUAAAUUGGGAAUUCAUGCUGUUAUAUCGGAAUCAUCCGGUGGAAAGUCGGCUCGAACACAUUUUAUGCGCUUGAGUUAUAAUCCUGUAACGGAUACAAGUCUAGUUAUUUGUCGUUUAUUCACUGGACGUACUCAUCAAAUUCGAGUACAUGUACAGUAUUUAGGUUAUCCUAUUGUUGAUGACCCAUUGUACAAUUCAACUGAUUGGGGUGAAUUGAAAGGAAAGGGCGCUGAAUAUGGUAUGACUGUGGACGAAGUUAUUGAAAAGUUGGGUAAUUCUCGCAACAGAGAAAAAUAUAUCACUGUAGAAACAAACGAAAGCUCACAAAAAUCUUUAGAUCCUGGAGUAUUGACUCGUCUUCAAUCAUCUGUGGACCCGUUAUGUGAAGAUUGUAAAUUGACUUUUAAAGAUCCCACGAUGGAACAUCUUAUAUUACGAUUACAUGCUUAUCGGUAUAGUGGAUCCGAUUGGUGUUAUUCUGCCCCUUUGCCUAAAUGGGCUAAAGAUGAAAAUAAUUCAGAUAAUUUGGAUAAUUUAAUUGAAGAGGCUGUGAAAAAAUUAUGAAACUAUGUAAAUAUAUAUUAACUUUGAAAUGUGUACAGUUUUUUACUCAUAGUUGUAUAGUGCAAAACACGCAUCUUUAUGCCCCCCACUGUGUGUUCUAUGCUGACAUUAAUCAACAUUGAAUAGACCUGCCUAUUGUAUUGUAUUUGUAAAGUGCUUUAUAACUCUACUAUUUCCGUAAGAAAGUGAUUAUUUUUCAAAUGAUUAAUUUUACCUUAUGUGUAUCCUGUUUAUAUAUUCGCAUAGCUUUUUCAGUGAGUAUUUACUACAUUAAUGA